AUGGCCCUCAAAACUAAGUACUCCAAGCCUGAAAACCAAAACCACUGGGAAGCCAAAUAUUUCAAGAUGAGUCCCACAGAUAAACUCCUACUCGCUAGGAACAGAAUCUGGGGUAACAUGAUUGGAGGAAUGUCAGCUAGGAAUGGAUUCAAAGUGCUAAAACAAAACUGGGAUGUUUAUGAGUUAAACAAGUACUAUGAUCAAACCCAAAUUAAUCAAUUCUUCCCAGGAUUUAGGGAUCAUGAAGAGCAUUCCCUCAUUGUUGAGAAAUAUGAAUACAGAAGAUUGAGAGCUGAUAUUAGAGAAAUGAAAAUUGGUCAGACUGAUGAUAAUGAUGAGGGGUCAACGAUGGCAAUGUUUGAGCUCAAAGCAAGAAAAGCUUCUGGUACUCAUAUUUAA